UUGGCUCCACUGCUUCUCCCCAGCCUGCUGGUUUCUUUCAGGGCACGCCGGGCUGCCCCGUCUGCGGGUGGUCUGCACUCAGCCGCGCGAUGGACCCGACCCUGAGGAACGUCCUGGUGGUGUCCUUCGGCUUCCUGCUGCUCUUCACAGCCUACGGGGCGCUGCAGAGCCUGCAGAGCAGCCUGCACAGCGAGAAGGGCCUGGGGGUGACCACGCUCAGCACGCUGUACGGCGGGGUGCUGCUGUCCUCCAUGCUCCUGCCGCCCCUGCUCAUCCAGAGGCUGGGCUGCAAGUGGACCAUCGUCCUCUCCAUGUGCGGCUACGUGGCCUUCUCCCUGGGCAACUUCUACCCUAGCUGGUACACGCUGGUCCCCACCUCCAUCCUGCUGGGGCUGGGGGCCGCCCCGCUGUGGUCGGCGCAGAGCACCUACCUCACCGUCGUGGGCAACAGGCGGGCGGAGGCCACGGGCGGCGUCGGCAAGGACGUGGUCAGCCAGUACUUCGGCAUCUUCUUCCUCAUCAUCCAGUCGUCCGGGGUCUGGGGCAACCUCAUCUCGUCCCUGGUGCUUGGCCAGACGCCCACGAAAGAGCCCAUCCCGGAGGAGCUCCUGCAGUCCUGUGGGGCCAGCGACUGCCUGAUGGCCGAGGCGCCCGUCAACGGCACCCAGCGCCCCUCCCGGGAGCUGGUCUACACCCUGCUGGGCAUCUACACAGGAAGCGGAGUCCUGGGGGUGCUGCUGGUGGCCGUGCUCCUGGAGCCCAUCUCGGGGGGCGGUCUGCAGAAGAGCGGGGGGACGGCCUCCGUGUGCUCCUCGCUGCUGUCGACCUUCAGGCUGUUCAGGGACAGACGCCUGUGCCUCCUCACCCUGCUGCCCGUGUACAGCGGCUUCCAGCAGGCCUUCCUGGCCGGGGACUACACCAAGUCCUACGUCACCUGCGCCCUGGGCAUCCAGUUCGUGGGGUACGUGAUGAUCUGCUUCGCGGCCACCGACUCGCUGUGCUCCGCGCUGUUCGGCCGGCUCUCCCGGUACACGGGCCGCGUCGCGCUCUACGUGCUGGGCGCGGCCACCAACGUGGCCUGCAUCGUGGCCCUGCUGCUCUGGAAGCCCCACCCUGACCAGCUGGCUGUGUUCUUCGUCUUCGCUGGCCUCUGGGGCCUGGCCGAUGCCGUCUGGCAGACUCAGAACAGCGCGCUCUACGGCGUGCUGUUCGAGAGGAACAAGGAGGCCGCCUUCGCCACCUACCGCCUGGGCGAGGCGCUGGGCUUCGUGGUCGCCUUCGGCUACAGCACCUUCCUGUGUGUGGACGUCAAGCUGUACAUCCUCCUGGCGGUCCUGUGCAUGACCAUGGUGGCCUACGGCACGGUGGAGUAUCUGGAGGCCCGGAGGCCCAGCGGAAUGCCCGAGGGCACACAGACCCGUGCCGCCGGGGAGGGGGCCACGCAGACGCAGAUGUGA